GGUUAGUGUAUGUACAAAUAUAUCUAUCUAUUUGUGUGAGAAUGACAAGGUAAGGCAUUUUGUUGGUGAUUUUGUUGGAGCCACAUACGGAUAAUCUAUACGGACCAGCAGCGACCACCCCCCAAAACGCUUUUAGGGACAACUUCAGCCGGUUUGUUGCAGACAGCAUGCCAGGAUCUGCUAUGGACCUUUGUCCAUUGUCAAGAGGCAAGAAAUUGGUCCAUUUGGAUUUAAAGGGGGCUCCUCCCAAAAUCAGCUAUUUACAUGAGUUGAUACAUCUUUUUGCUGAUCUUGGUGCCACUGGCAUACUCGUUGAGUAUGAGGACAUGUUUCCCUAUGAGGGAGAGCUGAAGAUUCUGCAGUCAAAAGCUCAUCCGCCUUACAGCCGUGAAGACAUCAUUUCCAUUCAAGAAAUUGCCCAUUCCAGAGGGUUGGAGAUCAUUCCUCUCGUGCAGACAUUUGGACACUUUGAAUUUGUCCUGAAACACAGCACCUUUAGGAAGCUGCGAGAGGUCAACCACUGUUUGGGGACUUUGAAUCCACACAGCAAGCAAGGGGUCGCUCUAGUCCUGGAGAUGUUGCACCAAGUCAUGGAGCUCCACCCUAAAAGCACUACCUUGCAUAUUGGAGCAGAUGAGGUGUACAUGCUGGGUGAAGGAGAGGAGUCUAAAGAGUGGUUAAGCAUUCCAGGUCACAGUAUUAACAAACUGUUCCUCAGACAUAUCACUACAGUGGCAAAAGGCAUUCGAGAGAAUUACCCCAGCCUCAGUGUGAUAAUGUGGGAUGACAUGCUGAGGAGCAUGACCUCUGACACCAUUAAAGAUAGUGGACUUGUUGGACUGGUCCAACCCAUGCUAUGGGACUACAGCCCUGUUCUGGAUGUUGCCAACAAUAUUAUGCUAAUGGAGAAAUACAAGUCUGCUGGUUUAUUACAGCAGUGGGUUGCGAGCUCUUUUAAAGGCUCGACCACUGUACACACCUGUGUGACCAGUACCCAAAGGCAUGUGGAUAACCAUCUCCAGUGGUUAAAAGUGGCAUCUGGCCUUUCAUCUGGAGUUGAACUACAGGGCAUUGCACUGACUGGGUGGCAAAGAUACGAUCACCUGUCUGUUUUGUGUGAAUUGAUGCCCCUCGGCUUGCACUCUCUUGCCUCAUGUCUACAGUGUCUUCUACAUGGAAGCUUUACUGAAGAGGCUCAGAAAAAAGUGAUGGAGGCACUGGGCACUGAAACAACUGAAGUAGGAGACAUAGAAAGAUUGUCUCAGGCUAACUCCCGUGCAUAUCCUGGGAUGAAACUAGCUGAAAUCAUUGUACAGCUCACAGCAAUGCUAGAGUCUGAAGAACUCCGAUACUUUGAGAGCAGUCUGUGUGUAAGAGGCUGGUUCUCACCCUAUCACAGGCAGAGAAAGAUCAUCAACCCUCUUUUUGCUGAACAAAUUCAGAAACAGGCGAAAAUGUUCCUGGAAGCUGUAGAGUUCAAGGUGCAUGAGGUGCGGCAGGAGAUGUGCCUGCUUUACCCAGAAUCAACAGUGGAAGAAUGGAUUGCACAGCAUGUCACUCCAGUGUUGAAACCACUACAGGAUUUACUGAAGGACAUCCACACUGCCCUGGAGGACAUGGGACUGUUCAUUAGCGAUUCUGCAUCUCAGAGUGGGAACUAAAGAACAAAACUUGGAUGUACUGUUGAACGGAGAGUAAACAGAAGGAAAAUUUGGUAAAACAGCUUUCUGCUCAGUAUCUGCUGUAAAAUAUUACAAUAAAGUUGUAUGUAGAAUUGUUGAAAUGUUGAACACAUUAAAAUUGAAAUGAUACAGCUAUAAGGGCUGGAUGCUAAUUAUAAGGAGGGCUGUUGGUUUAAGUUCUGGGUUAAGCUGUAAAGUUAGUGGACCAAGUUCCAGAUGAUUUCUACUGACUGCAUUACACAGGAGUCAACAGUGAUUUGAUUGUCUGAAUAUGUGUAAUUUUUUUAAUAAAGCAACAUGAACAUCAA